UGGAAGAGUGGGAACAGAACAUGUCAGAACCUACCUCCACUCUCAUCAUAUUUACCAACCCAAUCACCCUUCCAAUGGCAAAAAUUAAGUUCUCAUUCAUUUGAAAUGGCCGGGCCUGAUCAAGAAGCAAUUGAUACUUUCAUGAGCAUCACUGGUGUAUCUGAGGCCACUGCUAUUCAGAAACUCGAGGAGCAUCAUGGCAACCUGAAUGAAGCUGUCAAUUCACAUUUCAAUGAAGCUGAUAGAAACAUAACGCCAGAGGCAUCUAUCACUGCUCCUCGGAAUGAUGUUAUGGAUAUAGAUGACCCAAUUCUGGCUGAACCCCGUAGACCUUUUUCACUAUUACCCUCUGCUAGGGAUUUGAAUCCAUUUUCUUUAUUUGAUCCAAACUUCUCAAGAACUAUAUUUGAUACUGGUACUAGUUUUGGUAGUCAUUCAUCAUUUGUUUCACAUCCAAGAGAGGUGAGGGAGAUCCCAAUUGAGGUGAAGGAUGGUAACGGACCUUCUGGUCAGUCUGGUACUGCUCCUAUAAUUGAAGAUGUCUCUGAAACUGCACAUCAUGGCCCAGAAAUCCGUGGGACUGUCACAAUGGAUGACGACGACGACGACGACGACAACAAUGGAGAUUAUGUCCCAAAUACACCAUUUACGCAUGCUUCUGGGCAUAGGGAACAAAAUAGUUCAACAUGUCAUGGACCAAGUGCUCCUGCUAUUGUUGAUGUACCUGACUACAGCAAUGAUAUAGAAGAAGAAAUGAUCCGUGCUGCCAUUGAGGCUUCCAAACGGGAUGCUGCAAUGUCAAAUCAACAAUUUGAUGAUCACCUUGAUCUUAGGAAUUCCUCUCAUCAGCCUAGACAAUCUCACCUAGAAGACACUGAGCUUGCACAUGCAGUUUCUUCAUCAUUGAAGACAGCUGAGCAAGAGAAAGUGCUGCAGGAACUGGAAGGGAAAGCUGGAGUAUCGAGACAGGAAGAUCAGAUAUCAGCUGAGGUGGAGGAAUUGGGCAAAUUAGCACCCACAGCUCAAAGUAUUUGUAGGCAACCAUGGUUGGAGGUUGGAAGCUCAUCCAUUCAAGAUGAAGCAGAAGAUGCAGAGGAGCAUCCUCUAGUUAGGCAUGGGAGGAGACACAUGUCUCCAGGUUCUGUUGACACUACUACCCAAAAUAUUGAAGAAGUUGACGUUACCCCACUAUCAAGCCCUAGGCAGGGUGGUAGCCUUCAUCAUUCGCAGCACAGCUCUGAUGAAUGGGGUGGCAUCUCAUCUGAGGAACAUGAUGAAGCAGUAAUGCUUGAGGCUGCAAUGCUUGGUGGCAUUCCUGAAAGAAGUAGAUAUCAUAUCCCUUAUGCACCUCAUCAACUCAUGCAGAAUGGUUUAGAUAGACCUAUGGAUCCUUACCUGAGGGAUAUGCCUCGUCCUCCGUCACCUGCUCUUACAGCUCAGCGAUUGAUACGGGAACAACAGGAUGAUGAGUUUCUUGCUUCAUUACAAGCUGAUAAAGAGAAGGAGUUGAAGGCACGGGAAGUAGCUGAAACUGCUCUAGUAGAAGAGAGGCGCAAGGAGGAGGAAUUGCAAAGAAAAAUAGAAGAGGAACAGGAAAUUGAGAGACAAUUAGCAGCAAAAGAAGCUUCCCUUCCUCAGGAACCAACACCAGAUGAUGAAAAUGCUGUUACUCUUCUUGUGCGGAUGCCUGAUGGCAGCAGGAGAGGUCGGAGAUUUCUCAAGUCAGACAAGCUUCAGUAUCUUUUUGACUUCAUUGAUGUUGGCAGAGGGGUCAAACCUGGCGGUUACAGAUUGGUGAGGCCGUACCCUCGACGUGCUUUUGCUGAUGGAGAGAGUUACUCGACUCUCAACGAAUUGGGUUUGACUAGCAAGCAAGAAGCCUUGUAUCUCGAGUCAAAGUAACAUGUUUAUUUUGUGAACUUGUUAAAACCCGUGUGUUAAAAUCUUCUAUUCUAACUCGGGAUCGUGGAAUUUUUUUUUAUUUUUUUAUUGGAAUGGACUGUGACAUGAUCGAUGGAGAUAAUGGGGGCAUGCCUAUAUUGCUACCAAGAAUUUGGUCGAUGGUGUCCUGAUGUUUCUGGGGAAUAGUUUUUAUGUUGAAAGUAUUCAAUUGGUUCACUCGAAUAGAAUGCGCAUGAAAAUUUUCUGAAAUUGGAAUUGUGAUCGAAAGGGUGUUGCACAUUUUGUU